AUGCGCUUCUCCACCGCAUUCUCUCUCGUUUGCCUCGCCGUCAGCGUCUCUGCCCAUGCCGAGCGCAAGUCGUACGCCAUUCCCGAGACGCAACAUGGUGUCUACCUCAACUCGCAGCAGCACGAGCGAGCACGCCGGCUGCGUCCUCGUGCCGACGGCGACGCAGCUUCCGGCCCAGAGGAGAUCGCGCUGCAACACCUCAAGGAGAUUGCUCCCGGUGCUGAGGUCCGCCUCCGGCCGGAUCAGUACACCGACGAGGACACCGGAGUCUGGCACGGCUACUACACGCAGACCCUAAACGGCCUCGACAUAGAGAACGCCCAGGCUAACGUCAACGUCAAUAAGGACGGGACUAUCCUCUCCAGUGGCUCCAGUCUGCUGAAGGGCAAGGUGGACGCUCCGCCAAUCGUCAAGAGGGCGGACCUCAUCGAUCCUAUCGAGGCGUUGAAAGGUGCCAUCGCCAAGUUGGGAUACCCGCUCAACGUUGAGAAUGCCGAGGCUGUUCCUGAGCAGUCCUUGACUGGCAAUGGACAGGCGUACGUGCUCGUCGGUGUCGAGGGAGUUCAAGAAGAGCCUAGGGCGGACCUGGUCUACUACGCAACCGGUACCGGUGUCAAGAUUGCAUGGCGCCUGGAGACCGAUCUCGACGAGAGCUAUAUGAUCACCUAUAUCAACGCUAAGGAUGCUGCCGAUGUCGUUGGUGCAAUCGAUUAUGUCUCCGACGCCCAAUACAAUGUCUAUCCGUUCGGUUUCAACGAUCCCACGGAUGGCGAGCGAGUGCUCGUCACGGAUCCCGCCAACAGCAAGACCUCACCGAACGGCUGGCACACAGCCGGCGACGUCACGUACACCGACACACGCGGAAACAACGGCUGGGCGCAGGAGAACUGGGAUGGAGGCAGCGACUUUGAGAACAACACCCGUCCCGACGGGGGCAAAGGGUUGGACUUUGACUUCCCUUGCAACAUUUCCUCGCAGGAUUCAAGAUCCUACACCGACGCCGCCAUCACCCAGCUGUUCUACACCUCAAACAUGUUUCAUGAUCUCCUCGAGCUCCUGGGCUUCACCGAGGCUGCCGGUAACUUCGAAGAGGUCAACACUGGCUCCGGGGGAAUCGGAGGGGACGCUGUCCAGCUCAACGCCCAGGAUGGCUCCGGAUUCAAUAACGCAAACUUCCUGACUCGCCCCGACGGCAUCAGGCCACGCAUGAGGAUGUACCUCUGGAACACCGCUGGAAGCAUCCUCCGCGACGGAGAUUUCGAUGCCUUGAUCGUUAUCCACGAAUACACCCACGGACUUUCAAACCGUCUCACGGGCGGCCCAUCCACGACCAGCUGUCUGACCACGCUCGAAGCCGGGGGCAUGGGCGAAGGCUGGGGGGACUUCUUCGGCAACGCGAUCCGGGUCAAGCCCAACGACACGCGCAGCACGGACUACGUUCUGGCGGGGUGGACGAACGGCAAAGGGAUCCGGACGUACCCAUACUCGACCUCGCUGCUGACCAACCCAACGCUGUACUCAACCGUCGGCACAACGGGGUUCACAGCCGUGCACUCGAUCGGCAGCAUCUGGGCAACCAUGCUCAACGAGAUCAUGUGGAACCUCGAGGAGAAGCAUGGGUACCAGCGCGACGCUAUGCCAACGUUCAAACAGGGCUCGUCGAUUCCUGUUGGCGGAAGACAGCUCGCUAUGAAACUCGUCCUGGAGGGCAUGAAGUUGCAGCCUUGCAGGCCUACGUUCUUGUCUGCGCGUGAUGCAAUCGUAGAUGCGGAUAAGGCCCUCACCGGCGGAGAGAAUGAGUGCGAGAUCUGGGCGGGCUUCGCCAAGCGCGGGCUCGGGAUCAAUGCCGCCGCUGAGGGGGUCACUGGGCUUCGUAUCGACGACUUUACGGUGCCGGAGCAGUGCAAGAGCAACAGGAAGAGGGGAGUGCUGUUUAGAGCUUGA